GUCGUCGAACCUGCGAAGAAGAAGCGCAAGACCAGCGAAGACCCCGAGGCUGUCGCGACCAACAUCGGUCCACCCAAGGGAGCGAAGAGGACGUCUUCAGCAGCGACGGCCAUGACGAAUGGCACCACCAAGCCGAACGGGACAAAGGGCAAGACUCGAGCGGAUCAGUCUGCCGUAAAUGGAGAGGCGAUGGAGGUGGAGGAAGCUGCCAUCGAGCCGGACGACGACGACGCCCCAGAACCCCCAGCGCCGCGAGCAGGACGAGGCACAAAACAGGCUAAGAUGAAGAAUGGAGCAGCCGUCCCUGCACGACCCUCGAAAGAGGAGGAGAGGCUCAGGCGGGAGGUGGAGGAUCUGCGCGCCCAACUUACUGCAGCACAAGAGGCGACAACCGAGCGAGACAAGUUGGACAAGACCCUUCAAGAACUCUUCCGGUUACGUUCCGAGCCUGAGCAAGAGCUGAAGGAGUUUCAGGCUCUGUUCGACGACACCGUGCAAAAGAAGGACAGUCUCAUACACGAGCUUACCGGACAACUAUCCCAACUACAAUCCCCUUCCAAGUCUAGUGCUAAUGGGACGCAUACCCUGCACUUCAUGACCCGCGAAGCCGCCGAUGCAGAGAAGAAGGCGCUGCUGGAGGAGAACUCUCGACUGAAGGAGGCCCUCAAGCAACGAGACGCGGCGGUGACCGCUAAAGAGCAGGAGGUGCUAGAUGCCCGCGAAGAAGCCAAGAUGACAAAGAAGGAGCUGGAGCUGGAAAUUGAGCGUUCCAAGACGAUGGUGUCACGUACCGGUGGGCCCUUAGUCCCACGUUCGAUCAAGGCAACGGCCACAGAACUUCGCAAUGCGGUUGUGAUCAAGCUCUACGAAGACAUGACCAACUUCCUUGUCAUGAACGUCAAGAUGGAGAAGUCCCCCGAGUGGCCUGAUAUCGAGGAAGAGUUGAUGACGUGCGUAUACACGUAUUCCAGCGAAGAUGACGCCAAGUUCUGUACGUGGUACACUGUUUCGGAGUACUUGUGCUGCCGUCUUAUCUGCUCUGCGACCCUAACAGCGCUUAACUUCGUCCUGCGGAACAUGUACGGCCGGCCAGACAACAUGCCAGUAAACCAGCGGGUGUCGCGCGACGAACUCGUGCUCAAGGUCAAAUACGUCCCGAAUGACCUCGACAAGGAAGACCCCGACAUCGUGGAGCGGCUUGAUUUCUUCAAGGACCCGUUCAUGUUCGCGCGCGACCAGAUGACGGUCUUUUUGCGGACGCUCAAUGAGACUGUGCAAGGGAUCUUCGAGCACAAAGGGAGCGCGGGCGUAGGGAACGAAUCUACUGAAGUCAUCGUCGUCGAGUAA